AUGAUCCGCGACGAGCUGCUUGGCAACGACUCGGUGGCGAGCGACACCGAGCCGCUCUCCGACUCGUCCACCAGCAAGAGCGAAGGUGAAGCCGAAAGUCGAACGACCAAGACUUUGGACAGCAGCUUCGGCGAAGGGGAUCUUGAAGACAGGCUCAGUUGCUCCGGCAUCGCCCAUUCGCUCCGCCACAUCGCGCUGGCUUUUGAUGAGAAGAGUCGAGAGCUUGACAGCCUACGAAGUAUGCAGCAACGUCAUGACGAGGAGCUCGCCAUUCUUCAGGACAAACUAACGGCAGCCGAACAAGAGCACACAGCGCGCACAAUGGAGCUGCAGCUCGCGAACUCCUCUCGCGAGGACAUGGAGCGCGAGAUCGACGCUCUCAAGCAGAGACUCGAAGAGAAAGACGAGCUUCUGUUUGUCUCGGACCGCGUGCUUCACCGGCUGUUCAACAUGAUCCGCGUGAUCAAGACGCAGGUGGACGAGGCCGAGUCCCUCUCCCCUGCCGUGCGCAGCUCCGACGAUCAAGCUCAGAGCGAUGGGACAGCAACGAAGGAUUCCGACGAAAGCGAUACGACGGAGAUCGAAGCUCAAUUUCCGACGUUGAAAAGCCAGGCCGAGGAGGAGAUCGACCGCAUCGUGCGCGGUAUCGCAGAGAGGUACAGCAUGACCAGCUUGGACGAAGAAGCGUAG